AUGGACAUCUCUUCGGACUAUCUGCACGAAAGUCCCACCCUUGGAAACGGACAACCUCCUGCGAAUAACCCCCCCAUGACUUUUCAAGAUCUCGGUGUUAUCGAGUCGCUAUGCGAGGCCUGCGACUCUCUUGGCUAUCGAGCACCUACUCCUAUCCAGGCUCAGGCUAUCCCACCAGCACUCGAAGGAAGAGACCUUGUAGCUCUUGCUGAGACAGGAAGUGGUAAAACGGCAGCAUAUGUCUUGCCUGUCUUGCAAGCCCUGUUGGAUCAACCACAGCCACUACACUCUCUGAUCCUUGCGCCAACCAGAGAACUUGCACACCAAAUCGCGGUCGUUGUUGAAGCACUAGGUGCCGUCAUAUAUGUGCGGUGUGUUGUCUUGAUUGGGGGCGCAGACAUGAUAUCACAGGCCAUAGCACUGGGGAAGAAACCACACAUCUUGGUCGCAACGCCAGGCCGUUUACUGGACCACUUGGAAAAUACCAAAGGGUUCUCACUACGACUCUUGAGAUAUUUGAUCAUCGACGAGGCGGACAGGCUUCUGGAUCUUGAUUUCGGGCCAAUCUUGGAUAAGAUCCUGAAAAUCCUACCGCGUAGACGGACCUUGUUGUUCUCUGCGACAACGUCGAGCAAAGUCGAAGCUCUACAACGAGCUUCUUUGUCGAAACCUCUUCGAGUCUCCGUGUCCUCGGAAAAUCAGACUGUUGCAAAACUUCUUCAGUCGUACAUUUUCAUUCCCCACAAGCAUAAAGAUGUGUUCUUUGUACAUCUACUCACUGACAUGGCAGGACGGACAGGUAUUAUAUUCACACGAACGGUCAACGAGGCUCAGCGAAUAUCUAUUAUGCUCCAGAGUCUGAAUUUUCUCGGCCACGCCUCUUCAUGGCCAACUUUCACAGAGAGCGCGGUUUGA